AUGAUGCGAUCGACGGAGCCUCGGUCGCAGAUCCCGAUCCAUCGCGGAACCGGCUUUCUUCCUGACGGCAUCUCUAAAACUUCAACCUGCCCAUCCGCCUCUCUCUCCCCCUGCACUCCUUCAUUCCUCCAUUCAAUGCGACGAAUUAACACUCUGCGACACACAAGUCGCACCAGUCGCACAAUCAUCUCUCCCCGAUCUCAAAUCUCCGCAUCAUCGCUGCGGCCAGCGACGAAGUCAAUCAGCACAACCCCAUGCCCACGCCCACGCCAGGCGCCCUUGACACAAUCAUGCCCAUCAUAUACAACCCACCGAUCCUUCAACCUGUCCGCCCUCUCGUCUUUCCUCCCCUCCACACCAAGCGGCAACAAUAAUAGCGACCCCAAACGCGUCCUCACAGCCACCCGCACACUCCCCUUCUCACCAGGCCUCCUCUUUGAAGUCAUCUCCUCCGUUGAAUCCUACUCGCAAUUUCUCCCCUUCCUCACAGCCUCGACCGUGACAGCCCGCGACCCAGAAUCAGGGUACCCGACCCAAGCUUUCUUGACAGUCGGCUUCGGACCCUUCAGCGAGACAUUCACCUCGAAGGUCGACUGUGAUCCGGUCAAAGCGACCGUCGAAGCUCGGAGUGGAGCUAAAUAUGGCCAGAGUGCUUUGCAAAGCGAUAGCAGCAAGGGCGGGUUGAGUGGGUUCUUUCCCGGCGCGAACGAGGGUAUCUUCGAGUACCUCAAUACUCGGUGGGAAUUGGUGCCGCUGGCGUCGGUGGAUGCGCAGGGCGGACCGCAGACGAAGGUCAAUCUGGAAGUGCGGUUUGAAUUCAGGAAUCAGAUGCAUGCUACUAUCAUGAGUGCUGUGGAGGGGCAAAUGGCUAGCGUGAUGAUUGAGGCGUUUGAGAAGCGCAUUCGGGAGACACAUACGAAGGGGCAAUGA